AUGAUUGAGAACUUUGCGCAGGUAGUCCGUGAAGAACUGGUGAGGAAACUGGCGGAAACAAGGCUUAGUGCUCUGAACAACACGCGUGCACAUGACAACAACAAGACAACGUCCUUGUCGCCGAACAUUACUGUUGAAGCCACAACCGUAGCAGCUCAAAGAGAAGUGUUAGAUCGAGUAGAACCUCCUUUGAGACGCACAAAAACGGACAAGGAGCUACUACUAUAUUUGCCUCGGAAGAAGGCCGAAACUGAAAUCAAGCAUCAUCCACCACGAGUUGAGGAAAAAGCCUCUGAGGACAAAACAGAUUCCGUCGAAGCCGAAAUUCUCACAUCUCAAAUGCAUAUUCCAAUCGAGGAAAAGCUGGUUGACGACAAAGGCGAAGACGAUUUCAGUGGCGAGUUUUGCUUUCAUACGCUCUUUCGAUUUUAUGAGAACAACCAUUGA